CGCAGAGGGCGCUAAAUUCGAAAAGUCCGCCAUUUGAUAUCACAGUAAAAAUACUUAGUUGAAAGUUGACUCUUUUGACACUUCAAUAUGUCAGAUAAAGGCUGCCAUGAUUCCAGUGAGGGGGACUCCAUAAAGGUGUUUGUACGUGUGCGUCCCCCAGACAAGGGAGAUAAUGAGUUGGGGGCACAACGGGCCAUUGAGGUGGACGACCAAAGGAAUUCUGUUACAGUGCGUGCCAAGCCUGAUGCUAAAGUAUUCUCCUUUGACAAAGUUGCGGAUGUCAACAUUACACAGGAAGCAGUGUUCUGCGCCGUUGGCAAGGGAAUCAUAGAUGGCUGUCUCAAUGGCUACAAUGGAACAAUCUUUGCUUAUGGUCAGACUGGCAGUGGCAAGACCUUCACGAUGCUGGGGCCGUCUGAAGACUCUGAAAGUUUCCAGCAUGAACUGCGUGGUGUCACCCCGAGAAGCUUCGAGUAUCUCUUCAGUCUCAUCAACCGGGAACAAGAACUGCAUGGGGACAGGAAGCAGUUUCUGUGUCGAUGUUCCUUCCUCGAGAUCUACCAGGAGUGCGUGUACGACCUCCUUGACCCCUCAGCGGAAGGCCUUCACCUUCGUGAGAACAUCAAGAAAGGGGUGUUUGUUGAUGGCCUCAGUGAGCAGGCUGUGGCAAGUCCGAGUGAAGCAUAUGGCGUGUUGUCGUCUGGCUGGAUCAACAGAAGGGUCGCAGCUACGUCGAUGAACAGAGAGAGUUCAAGGAGCCACGCUGUAUUUACCCUGGCCAUAGAGUCGAAGGAGCAAAAGGGAGGUGUUCAGAACGUGCGGAUGUCGCAGCUAAACCUGGUCGACCUGGCUGGGUCCGAACGACAGAAGGACACCAACGCUGCAGGACAGAGACUCAAGGAGGCUGGAUGUAUCAACAAGUCGCUGUCAACUCUGGGAAAUGUCAUGAUGUCACUUGUGGACAUCGCUCACGGCAAGAGUCGACACGUCCCAUACAGAGACUCUAAGCUUACCUUCCUCUUAAGGGAUUCCCUUGGCGGCAAUGCUAAGACUCAUAUUGUGGCCUGUAUACAUCCUGGAUCUAAGUGUUUUGGAGAGACUUUGUCAACGCUACAGUUUGCCAGACGAGCCAAGAUGAUCAAGAACAAGGCAGUGGUGAACGAAGACACCCAGGGCAAUAUCCUCCAUCUACAGGCUGAGAUCCGUCGCUUGAAGGACCAGUUGUUACAGUUUCAGAUGGAGGGGGCACCGCGGGAACUGCCCCCAGUACAGGGGGGAUCAGACUCUGGUCCAGUUACCAUGACAACAGGAGGAGAUUCAGAAUGGAGGAAGAACUUCAUAGAAUCAAUGUUCUUCCGAGAAAAGGCCGAAGCUGAAAAGAAGAACUUGAUGCAGAUGAUUAAGGACCUUGAAGAUGUGGCCAAGAAGAGGGACAAGUUCAACCAGUCACGAGAGAUGGUGAUGAAGUUCCGUGAGAAGGACAUCGAGAUCCUGAAGAAGGAGGUCACUCAGCUAAAGGCGAGGCUUGCAGGGGGAGAUGGCGAGAACGCCAAGGAUCUCAACAGCUCCAAGGAAAACGAGCAGAUUGUGUCCUUGAGGGAGGAGAUGAAGGUGUUGACAGAGAGGAUCAAAUGCCAUCCUGUGGUUGUCCGCCAGAACGUGGAGCUGCAGAAACUGAGAGCUGAGCUGAAACAGCUCAAGAAUAACGACAACUACAGGCAGGCUGUGAUCAGUGACAACCGCAGGAUUGAGGAGCUCGACAAGGUGUUUAAGGAACUGAUGGCCGAGAAGUCAAAAGUUUCAGAUGACGAGAACCCUGCCAAGCAGCUAGCCAGCCCAUACAACACCCCCCAGGCUGGUGGCACUGUUGCCACGGCAACCCUGGAGAAGUACAAGUCUCAAGUGGCCAACCUACAGAAGGAGAUUGAAGUGAUGAAGGCUACGCUAGCUGAGACAAAAGAGACAUCAGAGAAGAAGAUCAUUGACCUGGGUGCGGAGCUUAGUUCAGCCAAGCAGAUGAAUGAAGAAGUUAUGCGAAGUCUAAAAAUGCGACAGCUCCAUUAUGAUUACGAGAAGAAGACAUUGAAUGAUCUCCACACUCGCACUAUAGAGACCAUCACCACCCCUCAGAGAUCCAGGUACAAUCUGCGUAAUCGUUCCAUCCAUGACAUAUCCCAGGUCAAGGCCGUGUCCCCUGACCUUAACCAGACCAUCGAGAUGGAGGAUGGGAUACUGGGGGAAGACAUCCCAGAGAUCAUGAACGAGGCUGCACAUGAAGCACUCACCGGGGAAAUAAAACAGCUCCAGGAGAGCAACAACAAGCUGUCUGAGCGUCUGGAGGAGUACGAGAGUGACAUGAUGAGAAUCCGACAACAGACCCUCAAGUAUGAGAGUCAGAUAGAACAGCUCAAUGAAAUCUUGAAAAAGGAGCGGAGUGAGAGAGCCACCGAGGUGGAGGAGUAUGAAAGCUCAAAUACCCAGAUGAAGAAGGAACUGGAAGAAACACGGGAAACAUCUCGAGUGAAUGGCGAGGAAGCGUCCGACCUGCGUGUCAUGAUCAAGUGGGUGGACAAGGAGAAGGCCGACAUGGAGAAGAAGGAGCGAGACGUGGAGGAGUUGAGGCAGAAGACCAUCACUACGCUGGAGACACAGUUAAUGAAGAUGUCGAUGGAGUUUGAGAAGGUCCGGAAGGUGAAUGAGGGACUCAGCAAAGACUUGGACAUGGCCUCGGAAAACAUAGAGAACAAACAGCUGACAGUGGAGUUCCAGGAGAGCUGCAUCAAGGAACUGGAAGACAAGAAUAAGGAAGGGAUGGAGAAGCAGAACAAGCUGCAGGCCAUGAUACAGAGCCUGGAGGACCAGCUAGAGCAGAAGGACUGUGACUUGGAGACGCUGCGGGCUCAGAUGAUAACCGACUCUGCCAGUCAGGAGCAGCAGGUGGGGAGCUUCCUGGAUGAGAUCAACAACCUGAAAUCUGCUGCCACUCUCCUGCAGAACGAGUGUGACGCCCACCACAACACCGAGGACCUCCUCAAACAGGAGCUGGACAAGUCCACCGCCACCAACGCAACACUGGAGAAGGAGCUGGCCAAAGAUCGGGCAUCAGUGGCCAGUCUGUGGAACACCAUCCAGGAGCAGAAGACGAAGCUGAGCAGCCAAAAGGAGGAGCAGCUGACGCUGGAGUCCAAGCUGACGAACAAGACACAGCAGCACGACAUCCUCCUGGCCGCCCACAGCAAGCAGGUCCAACACCUGGCUUCACUGGAGGAACAGGUGCUUCAGCUGCAUGAGGACGCUGCCACCAUGAAGGUCAAGUUUGAUGUGGAGAUGUCAGUCGUACAAGACAGCAUGGAAUAUAUGAGUGAGCAGCAAGAGCGUGCCCAGGAGGAGCUGCAGGAGGCUCGCAACAACCUGGCUGCAUCACAGGCUGAAUGUGUCAGGUUACAGGAGAAAAUAGCAUCACUUACAAAUGAGAUGAAGAAUGAUGAAGAACAGAAAAAUUACUCCAACAAGACAAUCCUGGAGCUGGAGAAACUGAUGAACCAGAAUGACGUCCUACUGCAUGAGAAGAAUGAAACCAUUAUCAAGUACCAGAAAGACUUGAGUCAGUUGCAGUGUGAGCAGAAUUGCCUGGAAGAGAGGUGCUGUAUCCUGGAGGGCGAGGUCCAGACGGCCCAUGCUCAAGCCAGUAUGCAGGAGGCCCAGGUCAAGGAAAAGGAAGAGUUGGUGAGACAGGCGGAGGAGGAGAUGAGGCUGGCUAAGCAGCAGACUGACCGGCACCAGCAGGCCAAGAUGGAGCUCAUAGAGAGCAUGACUGACAGACAGAGAAGACUGGAAGAUCUGGAAAACUCCAUGAAGACCUUGGUUGAUGAGAAUACAAGAUUGGCUGCUGUGUGUAUCAAGGACAGGGAGGAGAAGAGCAUCAAGCACUCGGAGCUGGAGGUGCUGAAGGAACAUUACAGCAAGUCUCAGAGUGAGCUGGAGGAAGCACUGGAGAAGGUGAAGAGUCUGCAGGAAGAAGUGGCCAAGAUGGGAGGACACAUGAACCUCAAACAGAAGAUCAAACUAUUUCAGAAAACAAAGGCCGAGAACUUUGAGCUGACAAAUAUAAAUCAUCAUUUGAAGGCAGAGGUUCUGCGGCUCCAGAUGGAGCUUGCCAGGCACACAGGAGCCCCAACCACGCCCAAACAGAUCCUGCACCACAAGGAGAACAUCAAGCCCGGGAGCCGGUCCUCCCACUGUGAGAGAACCAUGUCUGCACAGAGGAAGGGCCAGGAGAGACAGACCCUCUUCCUCUCAGGGGACUACACACCUUCUGAUGUCCUCAAGAAGGCCCGGCUGGAGAGUAAGCGCCCGGCAAGCACCAAGAAAACUAAACAAGAGACAAUUUCUAACCUGCGCGGGCAGCAGGAUGUCCCAGCUGUUGUCCUGGAGCCGGAGGUCUCCCCCCAGGAGGUGCCCCAGCAGGAUCCCCCUGUUGUGCUGGAACCGGUUGUCUUCAAGGAGGAAGCUGACAAACAGAUACAAGACAACCAAGAUGUCACAGCGGAGGGGGAGGAACUUCAAGAAGAUGAGUCGGAUGACCUUGAGAUUCAGUUCAAGUCCCCGCUAGUGGAGAAUGUAGAAGCUAUGACAUAGUCAUGAUGGGAACAAGUGUCUCUGGAGCUGUUGAUUGUUCCUCUGUAGAAUCUGUCAACUAUAUUUCUGACUUGUCUCACCUCUUUGCUAUCAUGUUGUGUAGUAAUGAAAUUUGUUUGUUUUUUUCAAAUUCUGGAAUGGAUGUAUAUAGUAUAUAUUUAAAUUCAUGUACUUGUGUGAUCGUGGUUCAGAUUAAAUCUGAAAUUGAUUGUUUUACAGAAUGACCCGUUAGUGAUAUUUAUAUGUAUGGAGAGGAUGUUUUUGAUUUAUUUCUCUUCAACAUCUCUCCCAUAACAGCUCCUAUUGUACUAUCAGGACUUGCUUUUCAAAGAUGUAAGCUCACAAUGACUGACAUUAUGCCUACAUUCAGUGCUAAAACAUGAACUCUGACAAAAGACAAGAAGUGAACAGUGCUACCAUAACUCUUUCAGAAAUAAUUAGCUUUCAGCUGUCAAUGAGGUCAGCUGUUCCAAAUGAAAGUUUGUGUAGUCGGCAGUUGACAUUAAAUAAUUUGCAUGAUGCUACAAGUUGGUUGUGUGUGAGAAAUGAUGUUUGCAACAGUUGACAUUAAUAUAUAACAAAAAUAUAGCCACCUCUGAUGUUAAUGUACUAUGAAUUAUCUUUACUUCAGGCAGGAUGAUGGUGAAAAUGUAUCUUAGUGUCAUUAAAUCAAACAAUAUGAGCUAUUCCAGGACAUUGUAAAAUAUACUGCAAUCUCCUGCAUGGUCGUUGUGCCCUUGUCGGUAUGUUUUGGGGAGAAAACCACAAUAUUUGAACUGAAAUACAAUGGUAGCUGUGUGUUAUGUCAAGAAUUUCAGUCUGUGCCUUGUUUCAAGUCUGUUUAACAUGGAAUGAAUGAAUUGUUCAUUUGAUAAAUAUUGUCCUGUCUCUAUACUGAACAGAAAAGGUCAGGGAUCAUGAAUGUUUCAGGGGAUAUUUCUUUGUUGUAAAAAUACUCAAAAAGAAUGCAUGGUACCUUACUUGUUUUGUUCAGUAUGUAAACUAUUUCCAUAUUCCACGAGUAUUAUCAACUUAUAACAAGACACUGAGUAUUCUAAUGCGCUUUCCCAAAGAACAACUGUGGAAAUCAUUAAAGUAUUUGUCGGUACAAAGAGGUGAGUUUAGCCUUGGUCUGAAUGUUAGCUUUCCUUGCCAUAACAAACACCCUCUGAACUAUUGUCAAGAUACUCAUAAAGUUACCCUAUUUUAAAAUAUGUAUAAUUUACUGUGAAAUGAAAUCACUGUCGUCAGUAGUAUUUGUUCUUUUCACUGAAUGUUUUUAUCACAGAUGUACUGUACAAGAAAUGUGUCCUGUACAUAUAUAUAUUUAUGAGACCUGGUAUAUUUGGUAGUGCUUUUAUCUUGUUUAUGGCAGCAGUGGUCACGUGCUAACAGAAUUGGAAGAUCUCAAUAGUGCUACGAAUCUUCACAGGUGUAAUUGUGUAUGUAGCAUCUGUGAACGUAUAAUGAUGCCGUGAGAUACUGGUUGUCCCGGCCCAGAUUCAAUACUUUCACACCACUGAGAGUGUUGUCGUUCACAUCAUGGCAGCAUCCACUACAUGAUCAGGGAUUUAUCAUUCUACGACACAUUUUGUGCAAAAAUCUUUAUUACUCACUAAAUUCUAUUUGGUGAGAUGGUGGCUGAUGCUACAGGUUUCAUUAUCCGCCUGUAUCAUUAUGUCACCUUCGAGGUACAAGUCCGACUUAAGUUGCUGCUUCAGCUGUUUUAUUGUGUAUAAAGCUAACCGGAACCUGAAUGAGUGCAUGGUUUAGAAGCCAGAAAUGACUGCAGACAGAAUAAAAGAACAUGUAUA